UGUGUGUCUGACAUUCGUACGCAGCUGACACAAGUACACAUACAUGACGAGCGCUAUAGAGAUCGCGAAUAAAUCGAGGGAUUAAAAAAAAUUGCGGACAAAUUUUUAUAGAUAUUAUUUUUUUUGAAAAACAUAUUGUCGGUGGCUGUUAAACGAAAGUGUCAAUGGAUUUUUAGAACGAUAAACAUUGAAAAAAAAUUUAAAGUGACUUAUUAAAUUUGCAUGUGUUGAAAAUAUUUUAUAACUUUGUUCAUUGUGGUGUUUUUUUGUUUCAUAAAUUUCCUGCCCUACCAACUGGUGUGCCAUCGUGACUCCAACCGAAACUUUCGCUUUUCUGUGCUGACAUGUCGGUUGUUUAUUUCUGGGUGCUGUAAUUUAAUCGCCUAACAAUCAUCCUUACCAUCUCGGACCCGGUGGCGUGCCCGGCGCCCACCCUCUACGACCAUGUGCAUCCCCCGGGAUCUUCUCCAGCCACCGGAACGGGGUCUUCCGCCGGGGUAGCCUGGUGGUCCAUGAUGAACGGCAGCCUCUACGAGGAAAGCCCCCCUCCAGCCCCCCAAAGCGCGGCUACGCCGAUCAGCAAUAGCGGUAUGACUAGUCCUACCACAGUACCGCCUCCAGCAGCAACCACUUCGGCGACGUCGAGUUCUUCACCUGCCAGUGUCACCAGCAACAGUGGCUCAGCAGGCCCUCUUCACAUUCCCGCCAAGCGACUGACCUCUGGAGGUUAUGGGGACUGCGGAGACGGUGUCAUACGACACGGUCAUGGCCAGCCUUGGUCAUACUCUCCUUCAGACAACCAGCAAACGGCGUUCGAACCAACGGUAGGUCAGCUUCAUCAUCAGUACAACGCUCCCACGUAUUACAACCUAGCAGCUGACGCUUCAGGUAACAGAGAUAGAAAGCCACCUUUGUCUUUCUGGUCACCUGCAGCUACUGCUGCCACGGGUACUCCUGAAUACAAGUACAGUAGCGUCUCAGCGGGGCCGAGUGCAGACCCAGCUGUUUCCUCAUGCCAUCAGGGCUUCUCAAGCAGUUCUUGGUGCAACUAUUCUCCGUACUCUUCUGCAUCCAGGCACCAUGUGGAUGCCCACCAAGCCGUCCCAUAUUUACCCACAGAUGAUCGAGGUCGUGCGGCAGCUGCUGCUGCUAUGGUCGCCGAAUCUGCUUCCUUCAACCAUGCCCAUGAUAGAGGUUAUGGUCUUGGAAACUAUGGACCUGAACAAGUUCCGUCUACACCUUAUCCUCCCCCAGGUUCGCUGGGUUCCAUGGUAGGAUCAGUGUCUUGUGGAGCUGGUACCAACCCCCUCGAAUGGACCGGUCAAGUGACUGUCCGCAAAAAACGUAAACCCUACUCGAAAUACCAGACGCUGGAGUUGGAGAAAGAGUUCCUGUUCAACGCCUACGUUUCCAAACAGAAACGAUGGGAGUUGGCGCGGAACCUCAACUUGACCGAGCGCCAGGUGAAGAUUUGGUUCCAGAACCGAAGAAUGAAAAAUAAGAAGAACUCGCAAAGACAGCAAACGCAGCAGUCGAAUAACAAUAACUCGGCUACCAACAACCAGAACCACCACGGGUCUCAUCACCAUCCCUCGCACCAGGUGCACACGCCGCACCAUAUUGUAAACCACCACGUUUCUGCUAAUGGGACGUUAAAACAUCAUCAGUGACCAAUGCCGUUUUCUGGGGUAGUUUUGGGCCACCAUCACCAUGGGAUAGCGAAUUAAAAUACUCUUUUAGUGUCAUUUUUACUGCAAGAAAGAUGGAACUGUAAGCUUUGAUUGAUUUUGGUGAUUUUUCGUACUAAUGUUACUUUAAUUGGUAGAAGUAUGCAGGACUUGUGUACAAAUUUUUGACAAUUACGUCACAUUUUAUAUAAUGAUCUGUUUUUCGACACGUACUAGGUUUUUGUAUAUUGAAUAUACGUAUUUAGUUUAAAAGUAUAUUCAGAAUAUAGAAAUUACAAUUAUACAAUUAAUAAUUUAUUUAUGAUCUAAUUGGUAUAAGCUUAUGUUGUAUUGUCAUCCAAAGAUGCAAUAACAAGUUAGCGAUAUGCGAUUUUUACAUAGUUCAUUUUCAACUUCCUAGUUUGUUUACAAAAUAUAUGCUAUGUUUUUCUAAUGCCUCCUUCCAGUAACCUUCCAGUAGUGAUCAAGAAAUGAAUGCUCACUAAACCAUGAAACUAUAUCGAAUAUACUUUUUUUUCAUCGGGUGACUCAUACGCUAUUUUCACUUUAAAGUUAUAUAAUCAUUUUGGAUUUUAUACUAGAACAUUAUAGGAAUGAGAUAGUACCAGUGAAGUUGUUUUUGGUCUCAGAUACAAUUGUUGUAGAUAAGGGUUGAGUUGGAAGGAAAAUAAAAAGAUUGCAAUAGACAUAUGGGACAUAACACGAAAGACGAAUUUCUUAGAUGAAAAACCUAUAAGAAUAAUAUGGCUGCAUUUCAAAAUAACUCUCUCGAGCAGUAUAUUUAGAAAUUAAACUGGUUAAAAAAGAACAUGGAUUCUGCAAAAGGGUCCCAGUCCCAUAAAAGGUGUUUUUGCUGUCCUUUUUUGACUAAUUCUGUCCUUCUUAACUUAUAUAUGUCCAGGUAUCCAUAGGAGGGUAACUAAAUAUUCCUAUUUUAGUUGAUUUCAUUUUCCUAUGACAAUCCCUGAUUCCCAAUAUUUGUCCAAAGUAAAGAGCAUAUUCCAACAUGAUAAGUUUUCUUUUUAAAGAAGAAUGGCAUUUUACCCCGGCUUUUUGAGAGAUUAGUUCUAGGCUCUUACAUACAUAAUACAAUUCCUCAUGCUGUUUUAGAGCCGUCUGUGAGUUACUUUAUUUCAUUCGUGUUUAGCUUAGAAAUGAUAGUUUUGUCCCAUUUCAUAUAGAAAUCAUUUAUAAAGCUAUACUCUCUUGGUAUGUAGUCUUGGGAUAGACCACAAGACUCAUAUUUAACUCGAGAAGUGGAUCUAAUGAUACCUUCUUUGGUCAUACUAUAUACGGUCUUAUAUAAUCAAUUAUUCCAUUAGGAUAUGUGUGGACACAAUUCAUCCUCAAUGGAAAAGUCUUUAGUUGUGGAAAUACAGAAGUUAGCUUGUUCUAUUUCCAUCUCUACCAACCAUAUAUGAAAUAGAGCAGUGGUAGAUAUGUCGUACAAUCUACCCUGCUUUAAUUAAGUUCUAUUAAUGCUGUUGCGUGUAAAGCAUUGUCAAAUGCCCUUUCUAUAUCAAGACAAUGAUACAUCACUAUUUAUUUUUGCUCAAGGCGUCAUCCAUUUCAUUCAUUAACGGCGCCAAUAAUGCUUCUGUCAACGUUUUCGCUUGGCACACAUGGUGAUAGGUCUGGAAAAUGAGGUGUCUGUAAGAACAUUUCUGUUCCGAUACAAUCAUCCGCAGUUUGGUCAUUAUUUUUAAACUAGAUCCACUAGAUCGUUUAUAAUUAUUACUUGGGUAUUUAUAAAACUUUAUUAUUGAUAAUACUGUGAUUAAAAUUAUUUUUUAUGUUAUGAAUAAAAAAAUAUAAGGUUGCUAAAUUUCCCUAAUAAGAAGGCUACCAGAUUAGUAAUAAUUUGGCAGCAAAAAACAUUUUUUGUUAUUUAUUUUUUAAGAAGCAAACCAUCAUUGAAAAAAUUGUCGUUAAAUCUUGCAUACUUCUAAAUAAACCAAUAAUAAUUUUUUUAAUAGUGAAAGUGAAUAAACACUGAGUAAACAGUGUAAAAAUAGGAUAUCUUAAUGAAAUAUGUAAAUUUUUGUAUAAAAAGGUAAUUCAUUUAUAUUACCUUAUUUAUAGUCAAGUUAAAAGCAUUCUUUGAUUUUAUUUUAAUUAUUAAAAAUUUUAUUAUUUCGUAUUAAAAAUAAUAACAAUCGAUUUAUAAGACAUCGAAUAAUCGAUUCAUUAAAUAUAGAUUAAUCGAUAAAUUAAUUUCUUAAUGUUCAAUUUUCUGCGUGUGCCGAUGAUAAACGAAUACAUAAAAUUAAAAUUAAUGAGAGCAAUAAUCAUACAUUGUCAGUUAUUAUAAAAUAAUUUUUACGUAAUAUUCGAAAUCGUGUUGGAUAUCGAGUAGUUGUGAUUCGAUUAUAUUAAUCGACCUAUUUAGCAAAAAGAGUAGUUGGUGAUAGGAAGGUAUUGCUAAAAUAUUCGCGGUGAAAAAUUAAAUAUUUUAUUAGGAAAUCCUAAGUAAUGUCCCAGUGAUCACAAGGAAUAAAUGUUUUUUCUUUGUGUAAAUAUUUUGUAAAAAUUUUUGAUAGCCUAAAAAAUACAUUUGAUGUUUUCUGAUUUAAGAAAUAUUUGUAUCCCAUUCAAAAUAAUGGGAUAAUAAAGAAUAAUUAUGUAACUCUAUGAAAACUCUUGUUUUGUGACAAUAGAAAUCGAUCUUUAUAUACGGUGCUUCCCCAUUAUUUUUGUGUAGCAAUGUGUAGCCAUUUCAUUAUAUGUUAUUAGCUUACUUAAAAUAAUAUCAUUCUUCUUCUUCUUAAGGUGCCGAGACCGCUUGUCGAUCGUUGGCUCUCUCUCAUGUUGCCCAGCAUAUUAACAAUCACUGUCUUAUUUACAGCCGCACGAAAUAGUUCAGUGCUAGUUUUCCCAAACCAUUGGCGUAGGUUUUUAAGCCUAGAAGUUGUACGGCGGCCCACACUUCUUUUUCCCAUUAUUUUACCUUGCAUGACAAGGUGAAGUAUGUCAUAUUUUUCUGGGUGACGCAUUAUGUGACCAAAGUAUUCCAAUUUGCGCCUUUUAACCGUGUUCACUACUUCGCAACUUUUAUUCAAACGUUGCAAAACUCUUUCGUUUGUGACUCUUUCUACCCAACGGAUCUUUAGAAUACGGUGGUAGACCCAAAUCUCAAAUGCUUCUAGGUUUUUUUAAAGCGAUUCUGUCAGGGUCCGUGCUUCAACCCCGUAAAGUAGUACUGGGAAUAUAUAACAUCGAACCAUUCUUAAGCGAAGUUUCAAAUUUAGAUCAUGACUGCAAGGAUUUUCUUAAAUUUCAUAAAACUUGUUCUUGCUUUGGCAAUUCUACUUUUUAUUUCUGUACUAGGGUUCCAGCUUUCAUUAAUAUGAGUACCCAGAUAUACAAGAUUACUUACUCGUUCAAUCGAGUCAUUACCGAUUGUUACGUUAUAGUUAUUAUUGUUUACGGCUGCUUGUUUACUAAUAACCAUAAACUUUGUUUUUCUUGCGUUGAGGUUGAGUCCAUAUAUCGCGCAGAACGCCACCAUUCGGUUUAAUAACGCUUGAAGAUGUUCAAUUGAUUCUGUCACUUACAAAGUGUCAUCUGCGUAUCUGAUAUUGUUCAUAAGCAUACCAUUAAUGAGUAAGCCCUCUUUUGCGUUUUACAACACUUCUCUUAAGAUUGUUUCAGCGUAAAGAUUAAACAACAUUGGUGACAAUAUACAGCCUUGUCGAACUCCACGCUUGAUUUUUACUUUUUCAGAGCACUGAUUCCCAACCCUAACACAUGCAGUCUGCCCCCAAUACAAUCGCAUUCGAUCAUUAUUUAUUAUUUUUCCUUUAUCCAUUAUCCAUUAUACGUUUCUCCAUAAGUUUUUAUAUUGGUUCAUAUCAAUAUUAGUCCUCUUCAUACAGAUGUCAUAUCCAGAAGUCUUCUUUGAUAUCAUUAGUAUAUAUUAAGUGCCUAGAAGUGUCAAAUUUAAAUUUUAUUUCACCUGGGAAUAAAUAAGGAUUAAGUCUUCAGAACUGGUGCAAUCCUCCUCCCCUUUCCUUGGGCCCUUGUCCUCCAUUGACUGCGGUGCUGUGUCAGAUGGACGGAUUCAUGUACGGAUUCUCCCACCAGAGUCUACAUUUGGUCUGCCCGUAGUGUUCUUCGUAGGAGAUAUUUUUCUUGAUCUGCGGCCUUCUACCUUUUCUUCUACUACCAAUGGUUCCAUGGUCCCCAUUCUUCUGGGAACUACUUUUUUAUCGAGUGCUUACCAUAGAGCCUUUUUCGAAGUACCCUACCAUACGAUUUCUGGAAUAUCAAUGGAUACCAUAUGAACGUUUGUUUCUUUAUUCCUAUUUUUUAACCAUGUAUCAAACAACCUCUUUAUUGUGCAAUAACAGAGGGAGGACAGGCCAAAAAAAUACCCAGUAAUUUCCUGCAAGUUAUGAAAGGAGAGUCGACAUAGACUGGGGAAACUACUUUGAAGAACACUACAAAUGCAAAUUGGAAAAGUGCUCUAGAUUAGAAUGCUCAAAAUGGUAUAAAAAGAGGUCGAACAAAUAAAAUCUUAGAUAGAAGUGAACGCAUUGGCAUAGGAUCUACAAAGGUCCCUUCCAAAUGUUUAUACCACAAAUCCUUACGUUUUAUAUUAUUCAUUGUUAUUUCAUCAUCAACCUCAAAAGUCCACUGCUGAAGAUAGGCCCCUUCCUCCAACCCCAUCUAUCUUGCUCCGCUCUCAUUCAGUUUUUAUUCCUUCUUUAAUCGUCAUUCCAUCUUGUAGGUGGUCGAACUAGGUUUCUCUUGUCUUCCCUUGGUCUCUAUUCCAAUAACUUGUUUGUCCAUCUUCCAUCUGUCAUUCUAGCCAUGUGUCCUGCCCAUCUCCAUUUUAGUUUGGCUAUCCUUUAGAUGACUUCAGUCACCUUGGUUCUUCUCCUGAUUUCUUCGUAUUUUAUUGUGUCUUGAAGAGUUAUUACUAAAAUGGACCGCUCCAUUUUUCUCUAUGUGACUUAGUAUUAUGAUUUGAUUGCAUCAAAUGUUUAUAAUAUAUCAUCUCUAGAUAAUACUGUAUCCUGUUUUCAAGUUUUUCAUGCACCAUUGAUUGUUUUUAUUUCACGAGUAGGUUCGCCAUAAUUUUGGUUUUUAUAUUUAUGUUAAAAUUGCUUCUAUAUUAUUGAGCAACUAAUUAAAUUAUAAAUAAAGGAAGGAAACUAUCCAAAAGUUGCAAUUGCUUCAUAUAGCAUAAUUGAUUAAAAAUAUAUGAAGAAUUACUAUUGUAUUGUAGGAUACCAAAUGUUGCUAAUAUUUUUUAUUCGUUAAUUAUGUACUUGUGACUGAUAUUUUUUAGACAAAAAUUCACGACAAACAUCUAAUGUAUUUUUAGGCAAUAAAUUGUUACACAGUUGUUCAUAUUUCACCAAUUGUAUUUCCAUUUCCGUAUUUUUUUGUGUCUCAACACCCAUUGCUAGUUUCAAAUUACGUCUAAUUUUCUUGUAGUAUUUUAAAAUAAGUGCUUCAAACUUAGUUCACUUAGGGCGAAGUGUUGACGAAUACCAACCCCUAAAAAAAAGUUCUUUGCAGUGCCAAAGAGUAAAUUUAUAUUUGUUAUAUUUACUGAAAAACUUAUUUUUUUAAUUUUUCCGAAAAGUUUUUGGGCUUGUGCAAAUAAAAUAGUAGAUUCCGUGAUGGAUCGCUACGUUUGCUUUUGUGGACAAUUUUGGGGGAGAUUUUAGGACUGAUUUUAGGACUGAUUGAUAUAUGGAAAUAAGACAUUAGGUAGUAAUAGUGAUAUAUAGUCCGUCCGCUAUAACUUUUCCCAUGCGGUACGAUUCAUUUUCAAUCAAAUUAAGUCAAAACAUAAAUUGAAACGAACGUCGAUGUGUAUAUACAUUUUGUAUA